AUGUUGGCAGAACAGCUUAAGGAAGUCUUUGGAUACUUUGCGAUCUAUGCCCAAGUCAACCCGACCGAAUUCGAUAUCUUGCUCCUUGUCACUGGUCUGAUCUUCGCCAUCGCCUGCGGUGUUCCUUUCCCUCCCCUGGCACGCGCACACGCCCCUGUCCUACGCGGUCUCAACGCGCAUGUUCGACCAGGUCAGUUCUGUGGGCUAGUCGGGCCAUCAGGCGCUGGUAAAUCUACAAUCAUCUCUCUAGUAGAGCGCAUGUACCUCCCCACUUCCGGAGAAAUCCUCGUGGACGAAACAGACAUCACCAAGCGAGACGACAUCUCCUUCCGAGAUCAUAUCGCUCUUGUUCCACAAGAGGGAGUCCUCUUCGAAGGCACAGUGCGCUUCAAUGCAUCCCUAGGCGCACGCCCAGAUACACAGGUGUCCGACGAGGAGAUUAUCGAAGCCUGGCUAUGA